ACCGCCCAAGGGCUUUGACAAAACCACUGUUCCGAGUGGUUCACAACCCAGCAGGGAAAAAAAAAAAAAAAAAAAACCGAAAAGAGUUCCUACAAUAUUCUUAAGCUGCUAGGGAUGGCGACUGGAUUCGACAGUGCUCAUGAGAGGAAGAAGAAGCUCGCAGUUUUGAGCGUCUCUUCUGUCCUCCUGAUCGCGAUGGUUGCCGCGGUGGCCGUUGGCAUAAAUGACGACGUCCAUGGCGACCACACGGAAGAAGGCGACGGCAGCAUCGCGAAAUCUCAGAGGAGCGCCAACAUGAUAUGUCAGUCGGCCGAAUACAAAGAAACCUGCCAGAAGAGUCUCGCCAAUGCUUCCCACGAUAACACCGACCUGAAGCAACUUAUCAUCACCGCCUUCAACGCCACCUCUCGGGAGAUUCACAGCAAAAUUGAAAACUCAACGCUGUACCACGAGUUGGCCACCGACAACAUGACCAAACAGGCCAUGGAAAUUUGCAAGGAAGUACUAGGUUACGCUGUGGAUGAUAUAAACGAAUCCGCUGCGACUUUGGAAAAGUUUGAGCUGAGCAAGAUGAACGAUUACGCCUAUGACCUCAAGGUUUGGAUCUCGGGUACCCUUGCCCACCAGCAAACAUGCCUGGACGGGUUCGAGAACACGACCACCGAAGCUGGGAAGACAAUGGCUAAGGUUCUGAACACGUCGUUGGAAAUGAGCAGAAACGCGUUGGACAUAGUGAACGGUGUGUCGUCUCUCUUCAAGGGUCUCAACUUGACCUCCUUCGGCUCCAGCAGCCACAGGAAGCUUCUCGCGGAAGAGACUUUGGUUGAUGGGUUCCCAUCGUGGGUGAGUGAAGGGCAGAGAAAAAUUCUGGAAUCUACUGAUAUCACCCCAAAUGUAGUGGUGGCUCAGGAUGGGAGUGGACAGGUGACCACAAUCCACGAGGCUCUCAAACUGGUGCCUAAGAAGAACAAGACGCCUUUUGUGAUUUACGUCAAGGCCGGUGUCUACAAGGAGUACGUUAACUUGAACAAGCACAUGUCCUUUGUCACCAUGAUCGGCGAUGGCCCCACCCUCACCAGAAUCACCGGCGAUAAAAACUACGUCGAUGGCUUCCAAACCUACAACACCGCAACCGUCGGUGUGAACGCUGCAAACUUCAUGGCGAAGAACAUUGGGUUCGAGAACACGGCAGGAGCGGAGAAGCACCAAGCUGUGGCUCUGAGGGUAACAGCUGACAAGGCAGUGUUCUACAACUGUCACAUGGACGGCUACCAAGACACCCUCUACACCCAGUCCCAGCGCCAGUUUUACCGCGACUGCAUUGUCACCGGCACCAUCGACUUUGUCUUCGGGGACGCCGUCGCCGUUUUCCAGAACUGCAAGUUCAUCGCGAGGAAGCCAAUGGAGAACCAGCAGUGCAUGGUGACCGCCGGCGGAAGGACCAAGAUCGACAGCCCCAGCGCCCUGGUGUUCCAGAGCUGCAUCUUCACCGGCGAGCCAGACCUGAAGGCCGUGACCCCGAAGAUCGCGUACCUCGGGAGGCCCUGGAGGCUUUUCUCGAAGGUGGUGAUAAUGGACUCCGAAAUCGACGACAUAUUCGCUCCCGAAGGGUACAUGCCCUGGAUGGGAAGCGCCUUCAAAGAUACCUGCACCUACUACGAGUUCAACAACAGGGGUCCCGGUGCGGACACAACCGGAAGAAUCACCUGGCCAGGGUUUAAGGUGAUUACCCCUGUUGAGGCUGCCGAUUACUACCCCGGGAAGUUCUUUGAGCUGGCUAACUCCACUGACCGUGACGCUUGGAUCCUUGACUCUGGGGUACCCUAUGCCCUUGGCCCUCUUCCAGCAUCCACCGCCCAGCCCGCAGUUUAAUUGAUUUUUCACAUUUUUUUAAUCUAUUCUACUCUCCCUGCAUGCGUGCAUGCUCGCUUCAUCAUGUUUUGUCUCCAACGCAGUCUUUAAGGAAUCCUACUGCUCAUUCACUGAUUCCCACCUUCUCCUUUCUUACU